AUGUCCCUCCCAACAAUGAACAAGUGCGUCGUGCUCGCCAAGCGGCCGGAGCGUGGACCGAUCACGCCAGCGACGUUCAAGAAGGACGCGGCGGCGCUCAAGAAGCCCGGUGACGGCGAGGUGGUCGUCAAGGUCGAGCUGCUGUCCAUUGACGCGGCGAUGCGGAUGUGGCUCGUCGAUACGCGCUCGUAUAUCCCCCCCGUCAAGAUUGGGGAGGUGAUGCGUGCGGCGGGACUGGGCCGGGUCGUCGAGACCCGGUCCGACAGGUACAAGGUCGGAGACCUGGUUCACGGUGUCCUUGGAUGGCAGGAAUAUUGGGUUGGUCCUGCCCGUGUUCUCGAGCCUCGCCCCACGCCAGACGGGAUGGAGGAUAUCGACCACCUCGGCCUGCUGGGCGUGUCGGGCAUGACAGCCUACUUUGGCAUAUUUGACAUUGGGCGCCUCAAGGAUGGCGAGACGGUGUGCAUCUCGGGUGCAGCGGGCAGUGUUGGCCUUAUUGCAACCCAGAUCGCACUCGCCCACAAGCGAUGCAAGGUUAUUGCAAUCGUCGGGUCGCAGGACAAGGUCGAGCAGCUCAAGGCGCUCGGGUGCGAGAUCGUCCUCAAUUACAAGCAGGAGGGCUUUGCUGGUCGCAUGCGUGCGGCUGGUAGCAUCGACGUGUACUUUGACAAUGUUGGGGGCGAGCUGCUCGACCUCGUCCUCGCCCAGAUCAACCCGUACGCCCGGGUUGUCAUGUGUGGUGCGAUUUCGCAGUACAACACGGCCAAGCCAUACGGCGUCCGCCUCACUCCUCAACUCAUCUCGAUGAAGGCCCGGAUGGAGGGCUUCAUCGCGUUCGACUACGAGAAGCGAUACCCCGAGGCGCGGGCGUACCUCGCCGACCUGGCUAGAAAGGGCCAGCUCAAGUACUCGUACUAUGUGGUUGGCGGGGGACUUGACGGCUGCGCAAAGGCUCUGCAGGACAUGUUUGACGGUAAGAAUAUCGGAAAGACCGUCGUGUCGUUCCAGGACGAGGGCGAUCGUAACCCCAAGCUGUGA